AUGAGUGUAACUCAUUUGGUUGAAAAAGUUCUCAACAUGGCAUCUGUUCGUUCCAUGGGCGCAACGAAACCGACAGAGAAUUUGUUAUCGCGCCGCUUCAAUCGAACGUCAACAUCGACAACGAUUCUUCCCGAAAGAAAAUUAGCCGUGAGCAAAACGACAUCAUUUCCAGUAGCAACGACAAUUCCAUCAGUUCGACAGAAAUCAUCGCGACUGUCGUUAAAAAAGAGUUCAAUUGAACCGAACCUACCUUCACCGAGAUUAAAAUCAAGUAGUCUGACGUUAUCAGUGGAUAAUACGGAAAUGACGAAUGACAGAAUGCCAUCAACAACGUUUUAUGAUUUACCUUUGAUUAAAUCAACUGCGAAAAACAUUCGACCAACUUCGAAUCUUAAACCGAAUAAAAAUCUUGAACAAUCAACUGAUACCACAGUCGUACCAUCUGCUCAAGUAGAUAACACUCAUUUCACACUACAAUCCUUCGACACAAUCCGAACUGUUGGCACUGGAACAUUCGGACGUGUACAUGUUGUCUAUCAUCGUGAUACGGAUAAAUACUAUGCUUUGAAAACUAUGUCGAUAAAACGUAUUAUCGAAGCGAAACAAGUCGAACAUGUUCAAAGUGAAAAGAAGAUUCUAUCGAAAAUAUCCCAUCCGUUUCUCAUACGUUUAUAUUGGACUACGCAUACGAACAAUUUACUAUAUCUUCUGUUGGAAUAUGUUCCCGGUGGAGAACUUUUCCAAAUGAUGCGUAAACGAGAGAAAUUCGAUUCUAAAACAGCCAUUUUCUAUGCCAGCGAAGUUCUACUCGCGUUAGAUUAUUUACAUCAUCUCGAUAUACUCUAUCGAGAUUUGAAACCGGAAAAUAUUCUAUUAGAUAAAGAAGGACACAUACGUUUGGUGGAUUUUGGCUUCGCCAAGGAAACUAAAGAACGAACGUUUACACUCUGUGGUACUGUAGAUUACCUUGCACCAGAAGUUGUUCAAAGCCGUGGUCACCAUAAAGCAUCUGAUUGGUGGGCAUUCGGCAUCCUGAUUUACGAAAUGCUUGCUGGCUAUCCGCCAUUCUAUGAUAUGGAUCAAUUUGUAUCUUAUCGCAAAAUUCUCUCCGGUAAAAUCGAUUUUCCGCGCCAUUUCGACCAUGCCGCGAAACAAUUACUUCGCAAAUUACUUCAUACUGAUCAAGCCCAACGACUCGGCUCAGCCAAAAACGGAGGCGAUGAGAUCAAACUUGAUCCAUGGUUUGUCAGUGUUCGUUGGACAGAUGUUUAUGGACGGCAAGUCAAAGCACCGAUUAUUCCAAACGUACGAUCACCUGGUGAUACCGAAAACUUCGAUUCAUAUGAUGAAUUUGAUAUCAACUUGACUCCUCAAGCAAACAAAUUUGAAGUGCAAAUCUUCAAAGACUUUUAG